UGCUGGCAUAUUCGUGGUGGCUAGCUACCCUCCUCCUCCUUUUAGGGGGGCGGGCGGAAAAUAGUGGUUUUGGAGAGGGGGUGGGGAGUGAGAUAGCUGCCUUGUCUCGUGGGUAAAACAACGCUGAAUUUUAGGCUCCAAAGUGCAUUUACGUGUCCCAUGUUGGAUUUCGCCUAUACGGGGGUAAAGUAUCAUCCGAGCUCUUCGAGCGGAGGGUUGGAUGGGAUAGUGUUUGGGAAGGAUGAGAAGGAGGGUAGGCGGGGGGUAGUAGGUGGCUCUUUCGCAGUAGUGACUCGGGCUACAAAUGGCAGCAGCUGUUGUGUGUAUUUUGCAGCAAGCUGGAAGGGAUGGAGGAGCGAUGCAGGCUGAAGAGCGAAGCCGCGAGUGACGGUCAUGCGCCUUCUCUUACGAGCCGCGUGUGGUUUAUAGGAUCAGAGCCAGGGUUGGAAGCAAUGGCACGGGAGCCAACAACAAGAGGAGGGGAGACAGGAGAAACCUCUCUUCCGUGUUGGGUUGCUCUAUCUGUUGAUUUCCAUUAAACCAGCGAAUCCUUUGUGCCCCUGGGCCAAGAGU